AUGGAAGCGCUCAAGCUCAAGCGCAAAGCCGAGAGAUUGCAGCUAACGCGGCUUAUUAACGACAUCGAAUCAACGCUUAGCCAAGACAGUGUUACGGAAGAGCAGCUUUGCAUCCUUAGCGAACGCCUCAAUCAUCUUCACACCGACUUGAGGGCAACUGACUCCGACAUCGUACCUCUGCUCUCUACCACGGAAGCUGAAGCAGAGUUUGAUCGGGUUGUCGAUUACAAUUAUCGAGCCACAGCGAUGUCCGCGAAGCUCAAAUACCGUAUACGUCAGAUUCAUGAAUCACUCAACCGUACGUCAUCGUCGACGUCAAACGAACCCGUUCAACGCACGCUACAACCCGGUGUUCAUCUUCCGAAGAUCGAACUUAUAAUGUUCAAUGGUCGACCAUCAAUGUGGCCGCCUUUUUGGGAACAGUUCAACCAAGUGAUCCACAACAACGGUGGCCUCACCGACGUUGACAAGUUCACCUAUCUACGCUCAGUCUUGACCGGCGACGCGGCAUUGGCGAUCGCGGGACUUCCAGCCACUGCGAGCUGCUACAGUGAUGCCCUGGACAUUCUAAAGCGGCGCUUUGCUAAGGACGACUUGAUCAUUCAGAAUCACAUGCAGUGA